CGUCCCUGUCAGUGUUAAAAUUGAAAAACCCAUUAGCCUUAAACAACAUUAAACAAUGGAAGGAAGGAACCAUCAAAGAAAGCAGCCACCGCAAAACCUAAUAAUAACAAAACCCAUCAUUUUACAAAGAAAAGUAAAAAAAAAAAGCCUCUCCUUUCCUAUUAUUUCCCUCCCCUGUUUCUCUGGCCCCUGUUUUUUCUCCCUCCCCUGAAUUCCCUUCCCCUGAAUUUCCCCUCAAUUCUUGGUUUUCAAGCCUCCUCGAAUCCAACCCACUUUCCCCCUCUUCCUCCUCCUCCUCCUCCUCCUCCUCCUCCUCCUCCGGCCGCCUGCAGCCAGCCACCAUGAUUGCGGCGGCGGCACUGCAAUCCGACCAGAUCCAGCAAUUGAAGGACAUCUUCGUGCGGUUCGACAUGGACUCCGACGGCAGCCUCACCCACCUCGAGCUCGCCGCCCUCCUCCGAUCCCUCGGCCUCAAACCCACCGGCGACCAGCUCCACUCCCUCCUCUCCAACAUCGACGCCAACGGCAACGGCUACGUCGAGUUCGACGAGCUCGUCUCCGCCAUCCUCCCGGACAUCAACGAGGAGGUCCUCAUCAACCAGGAGCAGCUCCUCGAGGUCUUCCGGUCCUUCGACCGGGACGGCAACGGCUACAUCACCGCCGCCGAGCUCGCCGGAUCCAUGGCCAAGAUGGGCCACCCGCUUUCCUACAAGGAGCUGUCGGAGAUGAUGUGCCAGGCCGAUACCAAUGGCGAUGGCGUCCUCAGUUUCCAGGAGUUCGCCAACAUCUUGGCCAGAUCAGCCGCUGAUUUUCUCGGCCUCGCCGUCAAGUGAUCGCCGUCGCUGCUGCCGGCGGUUUUCUAGAUCGUGGAGGGGGAAAGAAGGGGAAGAAGAAAAAAAUCCAAUAAAAAGAAAAGGAACCGGUUGGUGGGAUAACCCUUUACAUUUUCUCAUCAUUCUGUUCUGUUUUUUCCCAUUUUUGUUCUCCAGGCUAAUUUUCUGUGUACAUAAACAUAAUGGUAAUGUUGCUUCGCAGUCGCAGAAAUGUUGCAAGGGAAAAAAGAAAUUGAUGGUGAUUAAUGAAUGGUUUAACUUUUA